AUGCUGCAUCCCAGCAGGUUCGAAAACGGAGAUCUUCUUGCGAAGCGGUCGAUCUCCGGGAGCGACUAUUGCGGUGCGGGUCUGGAAGGAGGGGGUCUCAAACGGAAGCUGCUCCUUCAGCCGGAGCUCCGAGAGGCGAUCGCGCGUCUCUCACAGCAGCGGCCAAAAGACGAGACGCUAGGUCAGCGGCUCUCAGAGGCGGAGUACGGAGCUCUCCUGGACGGCCUGGCCCACGAGGACCCUCGGAUUGUCAAGCGCUUUGGGAUGGGCGAUGCCGAAGCUCCGCUUCCGGAAGACGGCAGGAGACGCCUUCUGUCCGAGCAGCGGACGAUGGUUUUGGACCGGAACAUGGCCGUUUUCGAGCUGCUGACGGGCAUCCAGGGGGACUUCGAGAGACGGGGGAUGAAUCCAAACCUCUGGCAGUCCUGGUGUGGCGAUUGGACGGAGCUUCUAUACAGCCUUGGCGCGCACGAUGGGGACGAGGAUCUAAUUGGGGCGAGCGCGCUCCACGUGGUCCGCAGGCUGCUUUUGGGGGGUGAGGCGUCCCUUGAGGAUCGGCGUGAGCUAGCAAGGUCUGCACCGAUUCUCCGACGCAUCUUGGAUGCGUAUGGAGGGCUCACAUUCCCAGCCUUCUUCAUGCGGACCCUCCACAUGCUCUACUUGCUUACGUUGCUGGCUAGAGGAGCUACGGGUUUUGAGGCAGAGGGACAGGAGCGGCUAGGGAGAGACGAGGAAGGCAUCGAGCUGCACCCACUCCCGGAGGGGCACAGCUUCCGGGCCGAGCAGGACGCGUUGGCUCGCUACGACUUUCCGGGCUGGGAACAGCAACGGGGACUGCCACACUUCAGCAGUUUCGAGCAUCCGGACGGCAGGAGUCGAAGCUCGGAGGAGUUUAAGUGUGCAACCGGGCGAACAGUGACGGAGUGGGACGCCGAACAUGUUGCGGGGCUCGUGAAAGGGGGUGGGAAAUUGUCGGGGAAGAAGGGGAGCAUGGCAAAGCGGCCGAACCGAUCACGGGGCGCGUUCGUCUUCUGUUGUCCCCAUCGCGUCAUCUAUGGUUUUCACGUCAUGCUGCGGGGCGAAAGCCCCAGGGAUCCGUUCACGGUCCUCUAUACCCGGCUGAGGCGCGAUGACCUUCCAGAGGUGGUCAUCUAUGACAACGCGUGUGCGUUACGGAAUUAUUGCAUGCGGCGGGCUCCGGCCCACUUUGCAAACGUUCGAUUCCUUGUGGACAGGUUUCAUUAUGCAAAGGCGGGUGCCGAGGUCCACAAAUGCGGGCCAUCCAACAGUGUGGAUUCUUACGACUGGUUGGAAUGGGUUAACACAAGCGCCGUCGAGUCUGUGAACAGCUAUUUGAAGGGCUUUCGAUCUCUAGGAUGGUACAGCGGCUUAGAGAGCUUCAUGGUGAUUCUGCCGUUGCUCCUGGGCGGUUACAACGCGGCUCUGAGGCGCGUUGACGACGCAAAGCUGUGCGUCGCAAUCUUGGUGACCUGCUGGACGGUUGGAGUGCGAGUAGGGUUGCUGAGAGGGUAG